AUGUGUAGUGCGAAAUUGGCGAUAGUUACCGGCAGCAACAAAGGCAUUGGGUACGCCGUGGUGAAAGCCCUUUGCGACCAGUUCGACGGCGACGUGUACCUGACGGCCCGCGACGUGAGCAGGGGCGAGAAGGCAGUGCAAACUCUGAACGUGCUCGGCCUGAAGCCCAAGUUCCAUCAACUGGACGUGACGGACGACGGUAGCGUGGCCGAGUUCAAACGUUUCGUCGAGAAGAACUACGCGGGCAUCAACGUUCUGGUAAACAACGCGGCAAUUAGGUACAGGGAAGAUUCCGCGGUAUCGUUUGCCGAGCAGGCCGCAGAGACUUCCAGAGUCAAUUACUUCGCGCUGAGAAGAGUGUGCGACGCGCUGUUUCCGUUACUGCUGCCGGGCGCCCGCGUCGUGAACGUAUCCAGUUGUGCCGGUUUGUUGUCCAGAAUACCCGGUGACGGUUUAAGAGCAGAGUUCUCAUCGCCGGACUUGACGGUCGAACAGCUGGACGGUUUGGUCGAGCGGUUCGUGAACUCGGCUGCCGCGGUAAAUCACGAACAAUCCGGAUGGCCGUCGUCGGCGUACGUGGUAUCCAAAGUAGCUGUGAGCGCUCUGACCAUAAUCCAACAAAAGGAAUUCGACGUUGAUCCGCGCAGAAAAGACAUCGUAGUGAAUAGCGUUCAUCCGGGUUACGUGGACACGGACAUGACCAGUCAUAUGGUGGGGAUGGGGAUCCCGUUGAGCAUUGACCAAGGGGCCGAAGCUUUGGUUUACCUGGCUUUGUUACCGGAAGGCGAACAACGAGUCAAAGGCCAGUACGUGUGGAACGACAAGACCGUUAAAAACUGGCGCGAGUUUGUUUUUGAGUACAAUUGA